UGCUGCUGUCAGUGUACUGUAGUGCUGCAUGAAUGGCAUAAGAGGGUGCGGUGGAAGACUCACUAAUGCCGCUGGUAUUCGGAGACCACACACGUCAAACAAACAGGGGAAAAAACAAAGAACGAUAUAUUCAAAAUCAAUGCACAUUUAAAACACAAUAUUCACCACUGCUUCUGGCUUUGGGAGGUUGAGAAACCUGCUUUCUGGGGUCACAGAGAAAGAACAAUGAGCCUGGUGCAGCUGCUGAAAUGCCACUUCCUGAGCCACCUGAUCCUCUGCUACGUGUUCCUGGUCAGCGGUCUCAUUGUGAACCUGCUCCAGCUAUGCACCCUACCUCUUUGGCUGCUCAGCAAACAGCUGGCUCGCAAGGUCAACUGCAGGCUGGCGUACUGCAUCUGCAGCCAGAUGGUCGCUGCAUUGGAGUGGUGGUCUGGCACUGAAUGCACACUCUACACAGAUCCAAAGAGUUUCUCUCUCUACGGGAAGGAAAAUGCAAUUGUGGUUCUCAACCACAGUUUUGAGAUAGACUUCCUGUGCGGCUGGACUUUCUGCGAGAGAUUUGGUGUUCUUGGGAGUUCUAAAGUUCUUGCCAAAAAGGAGUUGGCUUACGUUCCGAUUAUUGGUUGGAUGUGGUAUUUCAUGGAGAUCGUUUUCUGCAAGAGGAAGUGGGAAGAUGACAGAAAGACGGUGGCGCAGAGCCUUCAGAACUUGAGGGAUUACCCCGAAAAAUACUGGUUUUUGCUUUACUGUGAAGGAACCCGCUUUACACCAAAGAAACACCAAAUCAGCAUGCAGGUGGCUGAAAGCAAAGGUUUGCCCAAACUUAAGUACCAUCUUCUACCAAGAACUAAAGGCUUCUGGCUCACUGUUCAAAACCUCAGAGGAACUGUCGCGGCUGUGUACGACUCCACGCUUAACUUCAGAAACAAUGCAUCUCCAACUCUGCUGGAAAUACUUAGCGGGAAGAAAUACCAUGCAGACUUAUAUGUGAGGAGAAUCCCACUGGAACUGAUCCCAGAAGAUGAAUCGGAAUGUGCUGAUUGGCUACACAAACUCUACCAGGAAAAGGACAGUUUUCAAGAGCUCUACAUGCAGACAGGGUUGUACCCAGGACCCACAGUGAGCCCUCCACGUCGUCCCUGGUCAUUGAUCAACUGGUUGUUCUGGUCCUGCCUGCUUCUGUACCCACUGGGUCUGCUUCUUGCCCAGCUCUUUGCCUCAGGAUCGGUUACGACUAUCUUGGCCUCAGUGGCUCUCUGCACCGCAGCUUCGGUGGGAGUUCGUUGGAUGAUCGGCCAGACUGAGAUCAACAGAGCUUCGCACUACGGUGAAAGCAAGGCGAUGCACCAAAACAACAACUAAAGAAGCCACUCGUGCUUGGAAGAUGCAUCUUAGCACAGAGACUGCAGUAGUUCCCGGCUAUGUGAAUGCACUGCUGCUGCUGCCGUUGCAACAUGUGACGACCUGCCCGAAGGCACAAUGCAGACCAUGUGCGCUCAAGAAAUAAAGUGGAACAUAUAUUUAGAAGAUGGCUUAAAAUAGCUCUGCUUAAUUAUUCAAUUUACAAAAAACACAUUCUAUGAUGCAGACCAUUUCUGUCUUUACUUCUAUUUUAUUGGUUCGUAACAGUGAUAGUGUCUUUUGAACAUAAUUAAAAUAUGUACUUUUAACAAAGUCAUGUGUUACGCACCGCUACUUGGUAUUGAAUUCCAUCACUUUCUGUAACAAAGCUACUUUAAAAGGCUUUCUUUGUCAUCCAUUCUUAUGUGCAAUCCAAAGUGUACCAGCAAGCUUAAUUAAUAAAGCGAGGAUGGUCUAAGAUAG